CCCCUUUCGCCGCUGCUACUCUCGCCUGUGAACCAGAGAAUUUCUCCAUGGCAGGGACCCUCUGCCCAAGUUUGUCUCCGACAUUACUGCAGAUUGAGUGCCUUGAUUUCAGGCUAAGCGGCCUCUCGAGUUCAUCAGCGGCUGGCGUUUCAUGUAGUUCAGUUGGUGGGAGAGGCUACCUCCGAUCAUGGGUUCGUGCAUUGGUUUCUCCACGGUCGCUCGUUGUGUGUAAUGCGUUACACUCAGGUUGUUGUCAGGGUUUGGAAUUCUGUAUGUGCGAAUGGGAUGGAAGUCGAGGCUGUGGCAAUUAGCACAUGGGUCUUACAAAUUACAGGUCGUGGCAGAUGGGCAGUGGGAACUGGGACUUGUAUUACAAGGCAAGGCCUUGCUGCGGGUGCUUGGAGUGAUAGAAUCCGACAAAUGAAGAGCAGAAGGGUUGCGGAUCCAAUCAGAGCCAUGGGAGAGGAUACCAUGUGGAUUACAGCUUCUAGCGCAGUUGGUCUGGUUUUGAGUCUAGCAGCUGUCGCUGCCCUAGGCGGUUACUUGCUCUCUAUGGGUGUGGACAAUGCAGAACUUAGUGAGGAAGAGAAGAUUGAGAGUCUGAAACAGCAAGGUUUAUAUGAAAAGCCAGAGCCUACUCAAUAUGAAGAACAAGGAGUUGUUACACGGACUCGGAAGCGUCGAAGCAGCAAGGAUUAGUUGCAUCUGCUUCUGCUCCCUCUUCUUCUGAUCAUUGUUUCAAGUUGUAUAGUAUAUUUUCUUCCAUCUGGGCUUACUCUGAAGUUAUCUGUAUCAUAUGAUAGUCACAUCAUUUAGUGAUUGUAUAAGUCUUUUAUUAAUCAGAUUCCAGUUCAAGGGGAGCUUGCAUCGUGGACGCAUCA